AUGGUUCGCGACAACCUUACCCUCUCCUCGUGGCUCCUCCUGGGUGGCCUCAUACAAGGCUGUGCAUUUCUACUGCUGGGUUCCCUGUCCCUGCUUCCGACCGCGGCAAUCCUCCUCUACAGAACCAUCGACCAUCUGCUGAUGGCCUGCCACCUGACCCCCAACCGGUACCUGGCGGGAUCCAUCCCUAUCAAGCGCAGUGCUCAGUAUCCCCGGCCUGAUGGCACCUUUGGCAAUGAACCGGCGGGCGAGUCUAUCGUGGUCUUCCAUUUGGGUGCACGCAACCACCAUCCUCUCGGGAUGUUCGCUCCAGGCAUGAAGGAAUUGGGCGACAGCGCCGAAAAGAUGCAACGGGACAUGCGCGCCAACCCUGUCAAGUACGGUCUGUUGGGCUCCUCGCAAUGGCUGAAGUGCGACAGUGCAGCGGGCAAUGAGUUCAUGACCGUCUUCUACCUCCGCGACUACGCUGCUCUCCAUCAGUUCGCGCACGAUGAGAUCCACAUGGAAGGGGUGCGCUGGUGGGCUCGCAUCGCCAAGGACCAUCCGCAUCUGGCCCUUUACCAUGAAACCUACCUGGUGCCACGUGGAAACUGGGAGAAUAUUUACAUUAAUGGGUGGCCGACGGGUCUGGCCGAUACCUGGUUUCCCGUGCAGACUCAGGCCGACAAGGAGAAGAAUACCGGAGUGGUUGAGCAAUGGGUGCGACCGGUGGUUGAUGCGCGUGACGGUGUCUUACGGUCGGCCAGUAAGCGGCUGCAGUUGACACGCCUGGAGGCUCGUGAGAAGGAGCACGAUGAUAUCCUCUUUUCGUUCCCCUCGCGUAUCGCCACAAUUCGAAACAACGCACUUCGACUGAGCCUUCCCGUACAUAGGAGCAUGGACGAUCCCAACACCCUGCUACCAUUUCGUUCGGACUCUACGCGUCGUCGACCUGGCUGCAAGAGAUCGAGAACGGGAUGUCGCACUUGUCGGGCUCGCCGUGUGAAAUGUGAUGAAACCCCCGGCGCAUGCCAGCGAUGUACCUCCACCGGUCGCGUUUGCGAUGGCUACGAAUUGCAGAGGCUGCCCCUGGUGAAGGACUCAUGGUCCAAGAUUAGCGCUGACUUGGGGAGUGGCUUUCGAUGGACCAUCACAUCCGACGAACGCCGCUGUUUCUCCUACUUCCAACACCACACAGUGCCCACCUUCCGCGAGAUGUACGACUCCUCUCUCUGGCAACACCUAGUGCUGCAAAUGGGGCAGUCAGAGCCAGCUGUCUAUCAUGCGACCGUGGCCCUCAGCGCCAUCCACCAAGACGCCGAAGCCCGAGGGAUGCCUUUGGCUGCCAACCUUCCCGCGACGUAUCAAGGCCCCUGGCUGCGCUUUGCGCAAGAGCAGUUGGGCCGCGCCUUCCAGACCCUCACGAGGCGCCGGGCCUCACCAGAUCCCCGAUUGCGCAACGUAACCCUGCUCUGCUGUUUGCUCUUCGUCCUGUGUGACCUGCUGCAGGGGCACUACGACGAUGCCUUUACCCAUCUCCAGAGUGGCCUGCGCAUCCUCCGCGAGCUUCAAGCGGAGCGAGAAUUAGUGGCGCCCACACCUCGGCAGGGGCGAGUUGAACGGUGUCUGGUCGCGGCCUUUGCGCAAAUCGACAUCAUUUCCGCCCACUAUGGAGUUGGGGGCCCUCUGUUGUGCAUCGAUUCCCUGCCCGGGGAGUGGCAGUUGGCACCGACUUCAGCGGCCGCUUUUGCUACUCUGGAGGAUGCCUGCGCUGCCUUCAACCUUGUCACGAGUGCGGCGUAUCGCUUGGAAAACUCAUGUAUGGGGAUGCCGGAGCACGAAAUUGCGCGCAACUACGACACCAUUCAAUCAAACCGGCUGCGGGCCCGCUCUCUCGCAUCACGUUUCUGGCAAUCGUUCGAGCCAUUUUACCGGACCUCGUACCAUCUUCUCGAUCGUAAAGAGCAAAGGAGCGCCGAGCUUCUUCACCUUCAGUACCUCGGCAUUAUGGUGUCUCUGGAAGUAAACACGCAGGGACACAACGAAGCCGUCAUGGCUUCCUUCACACCAGACCUGGAGGAGAUCGUCUCUUUUGCCGAGUCGAUUAUGGACCGGUUCCCUGAGCGUCCUACCGUCAGUAUCAACCUGGGCGUCGUUCAACCAUUGUACCUUGGAGCCAUUGUCUCUCGCGAUUAUCGCAUCCGAUGGCGAGCUAUCAAGCUGCUGCGUGCGUGGCCGCAUCGAGAGGGGCCAUUUGACUCAAAUUGGAUCCUCGCACUAGCAGAGGAGACGCUGCGUUUAGAAUUGCUGGCCGAUCCGGAUGUCAGCGUGCCAAAAGAUACCGAUUCGGCUUCGUCUCAAGACGAUGGAUUCGCGCCUAGUCGCAUGCUGGAGGACCUGAAAGAACGACAUUCGCUACUCAAGCAAAUGUUGGCCCCGACGGCAGAGGAUUUGGACGAUGCAGCAUCCUCGGCAGACUUGCUAGGCUCGGUCAAGUGGGCGGCUGACUGGUCAUGCAUGCGUGCGUUCAAGACGAGGUUUUCAGAUUAUUGA